AUGGCGCGUGGUAACAAUAAUCGUCCUCCACCCGCUGGUAGCUCUGCUUGUUCAUCUCUUGUUCAUCCUUCUCCUAACAUGGAGGAUAUCUCUAGCCCCUACCACCUUUCUAAUGCCGAUCAUCCAGGCAUCAUUCUCAUUCCUCAUUCUCUACUUGGUCCUAAUUAUAACUCUUGGCGCAGAUCCAUGUUUCUUGCCUUAACUGCUAAGAACAAAGUGUCAUUUGUUAAUGGUUCCCUUCUUCAACCCACUGUUGAUGAUCUCCUUUUUUCUUCUUGGAAUCGAUGCAAUUCCAUGGUCACUUCAUGGAUCCUCAAUUCUGUCUCGAAGGAUAUCGCGAACAGCUUGAUGUAUUUUUCUACGGCUUACGAUCUUUGGGCUGAUCUCCGUGCCCGAUUUCAUCAGGCCAAUGGACCCAGAAUUUUUCAGUUGAAACAACAGAUAUCGUCUCUUCAUCAAGGUGCUCUUGAUGUUAAUGGUUACUAUAUGAAGCUCAAGAUUCUCUAG